AAACCCUCUCUCUCUGUCUGUCUCUCUCUCUCUCUAAAACCCUUCUCUUUCCUUUCUCCAUCAGAGAUUCUCUUUCUUUUCUGCUUUCUUUCUUUCCCAAAACUAGCUUUUAACGAUGCCAUUGUUCUCAUUCACCACCUUCUGUUCUAUUCCUUUUGUGCUCCAUACCCUUUCCUCUUCUUCUCUCUAUUUCUCUCCCUGUCCUUUUCGUUUUCCGCCUCCCUUUUCGCUUCCUAGAAAUUCAGGCAAACCUAUACAUACACUUCAAUACCCAUGUCGUCUUCUUCGUCCAUUAAUCACCUCUCUCAGCCCUGUAUCUAUGUUAUGGGUUGAGGUUUAAACAGGACACUUUGUUUCUUCGUAUGGAGAGAGGAAGUCUCGGUUUAUGAAAUGGUUGAGCAAGCUUUUUAAGAGUGGCUCGGAUCGUGGUGGUAUGGGCAGGCGAAACUCACAAUAUAUUGGGGAGGAAAACAUGGUUUGGCGGCCUCCAGCAAGAUCUGUGGGUGAGCACUCUAGAACUGACAAGGAGAGAGAGGAAUUAGACCGUGCACUUGCACUUUCUUUGGCUGAAGAUUUGAAGAGACCACCUGGAUACAGAUGGCAAACAGAGAAUGAUGAAGAUCUAAGGGCACUUCAGGAUGUCCCCAAUUCAUCUUCAUAUCCUCCCUACGCCAAUGUUCCCAAUUCAUCUUCAUAUCCUCCCUAUGCCCCUACUGACUAUUAUCCCAGAGACUAUAGAGUAUGCGGUGGAUGCAACCGUGACAUUGGCUGUGGAAACUAUUUGGGAUGCAUGGGAUCUUUUUUUCAUCCAGAAUGCUUCCGUUGUCGUUCUUGUGGUUUCCCAAUCACCGAGCAUGAGUUUUCUUCAUCAGGGAGGCAUGCAUACCAUAAGUCCUGCUACAAAGAGCUAACCCAUCCCAAAUGUGAAGUUUGUCAUCAAUUUAUCCCAACAAAUGGAGCUGGUUUGAUAGAGUACAGGUGCCACCCAUUUUGGUCCCAAAAAUAUUGCCCUUCACAUGAGCAUGAUAACACGGCCCGAUGCUGCAGUUGUGAGCGUUUGGAGUCUUGGAAUGUAAGAUACGUAUCUCUAGGAGAUGGACGGAGUCUAUGUUUAGAGUGUAUGGAAUCUUCUAUCAUGGAUACUGGUGAUUGCCAACCACUCUACCAUGCCAUUAGAGACUACUAUGAAGGAAUGAACAUGAAACUAGACCAGCAAAUUCCGAUGCUUCUGGUCGAAAGACAAGCCCUUAAUGAAGCUAUUGUAGGCGAGAAAAAUGGCUUCCAUCACAUGCCAGAAACAAGGGGUUUAUGUUUGUCAGAAGAGCAGACAGUUACCAGUAUACUUAAAAGGCCAAGAGUAGGGAACCACCGACUUGUAGGAAUGAGAACACAACAUCAAAAGCUGACUCGAAAAUGUGAAGUAACAGCCAUUCUUGUUCUGUAUGGUCUCCCAAGAUUACUGACAGGUGCGAUUCUUGCUCAUGAGUUAAUGCAUGGGUGGUUACGCCUUAAAGGCUACCGUAAUCUGAAUCCGGAGGUAGAGGAGGGUAUAUGUCAAGUGCUUUCUUACAUGUGGCUCGAGUCAGAGGUAACGCCAGGAUUCAGAAAUAUGCCAUCCACAUCAACAGCUUCAUCAUCAUCGUCAAUGUCAUCAUCGAAGAAAGGUGGAAAGUCUGGUGUCGAGAAUAAAUUGGGUGAGUUUUUCAUGCAUCAGAUUGCCCAUGAUGCUUCUCCGGCCUAUGGUGGAGGAUUUAGGGCUGCAAAUGCAGCUGUGAAUCAGUAUGGUUUACGCAGUGUUCUGGACCACAUUCACCUGACUGGGAGUUUUCCCCUGUAAUUUGAUUUACAAUAGGUAUGGCCUUGUCUCUGUUGGAAGUUGGUUUGUUUUUAUUGUUGGAGAUCAUUGAAUUAGCUCCUCAGAAGGAUUGAGUUGAUCAAAAAAAGCUUGGAUUAGCUCCCCCUAGUUUUUGUGGGGUUCUUUUGAGGAUUCAUUGUGGGGUUCUUUUGAGGAUACAUGUGACUCGAAACAUAAUAAUAACGAUAAGCAUAUCUUCAUUCUAUAAAAUGGAAGUGGUUCUUUGUUGUCUGCA